UAUGGGUGGAGCAUUUGGAAAAAGGAAAGUGCAAGUUUUAGUAGUUGGUUUAGAUAAUUCAGGAAAGACAAGUAUCAUUAAUGCUCUGAAAAAUGAGAAAAAUGCAACUGUCGCACCCACAGUGGGUUUCAAUAAGGAUUCUUUAGAGAAGUUUAAUCUAAAUUUUUAAUUCUCUGAUAUGAGUGGACAAAAUUAGUAUAGAGGGAUGUGGGAAUAGUAUGCAACAAGAGUAUAGAAUUGAUAUAAAUAGAUUGAUGGUUUAAUAUUUGUGAUAGACUCAUCUGACAAAAUCAGAUUUGGUAUAGCUCUUGAUGAAUUUAAAUUAUUAUUGGAGACACCCGGUUUCGAUAAAGAUCUACCAAUACUGGUGUUUGCAAAUAAAUAGGAUUCCCCAGAAGCAUAAUCCCCAUAAUUUUUUAUUGAUUAUUUGGAAUUGAAAUCGUAUAAGAAUCCUUCUCAAUGCUUUGGAGGAAGUGCUAAAACUGGAGUAGGGUUAGAUUAAGGUCUUUAAUGGUUAAGUGCUAAGAUUUAGCAGGUGAAACCUAAAUGAAAUACUUGUUAUUGAAAUUUCG